UGAGUCGGGGGGGAACUGUUGCCAGAUUAACAUUUAUAUAUUUAUAUUUUUCGCGCAGAGUUUAUUUCUCAUUUUGAUACGCCCAGCAUAAAAGUUAGAAUAUAUUCUUACUCAACAUUUAUCGAAUCUGACCCACUUUACUCAGUAUUUUGUAAAUUAGACGACAUGUUGACAGCGGGCCACCCCUCCGGACCGAGUUGGUCUCGCCCGUGUGUCCCCAGCAGCAGACGCACAUGUUGGGUGUGUUGUGUUGAGGAUUGCAGCGAUAUUUCAGCAUUUCUCGGAGCUGUGCGUGCUGUCACGUCACUGUUUGCUCUCUGCAGACCUCAGUGAACCUGCAGAAGCCUCACAGUCAAUAAUAAACUCUGUAAAAUCCAGAGUUACUGCAGGAAACAGAGCAGAGGAGGCUGACACGCGUCCCGGCGAGGCUGCAGGCGGCUGAGUGACUCCACCUGACUGAAGGCUUUGAGGCUCGCCGUGCGUCACCAUGAGCUCCAAGGUGUGUAAGAACUGCGGCAGCUCGGACAUCGAUGUGGACCAGGCGCGAGGCGACGCCGUCUGCAUGGGCUGCGGCUCCGUGCUGGAGGACAACAUCAUCGUAUCCGAGGUGGAGUUCGUGGAGUCGGGCGGAGGAGGAUCGCUGGCUGUCGGACAGUUCGUCGCCUCAGGAGCUGGACCAGCCUCCAUGACUUUUGGAGAUGGACACUACACCGGCAUGGGGAGAGAGUCCAGAGCUCAGACGCUGUCCAGAGCCAAACAGAACAUCAACACUCUGGGCCGCCAGCUGCAGAUGAACCAGCACUGUCUGGACACGGCCCUCAACUUCUACAAGAUGGCGCUGAUGAAACAACUGACCCGCGGCCGCAAGUCUGCCCACGUCAUCGCCGCCUGUAUCUACAUGGUGUGCCGCACUGAGGGAACGCCACACAUGCUGCUGGAUCUCAGCGACCUCUUACAGGUGAACGUCUACGUGCUGGGAAGAACCUUCCUCGUUCUGGCCCGAGAACUGUGCAUCAACGCCCCGGCUAUAGACCCGUGCCUGUACAUCCCCCGUUUCGCCCAAAUGUUGGAAUUUGGGGAGAAGAACCACGAAGUGUCCAUGACGGCGAUGCGCCUGGUGCAGAGGAUGAAGAGGGACUGGAUGCACACGGGACGAAGGCCGUCGGGCCUCUGUGGAGCAGCUCUUCUCGUCGCCGCUCGUAUGCACGACUUCUGCCGCACCAUGAAAGAAAUCGUCAGCGUCGUGAAAGUGUGUGAAACCACGCUGAGGAAACGGCUGGUUGAGUUUGAGGACACGCCCACCAGUCAGCUGACCAUCGAAGAGUUCAUGAAGGUGGAUCUGGACCAAGAGUGCGACCCGCCCUGCUUCACAGAAGGACUGAGGAAGAAGAAAAUCAAUAUGCUGGAGAUGGAGCUGAAGAAGAAGAUGGGUGACGUUGAAGAUGAAAUCCAAGGCUACCAGGACGAGAUCGACGCAGAGCUUCAGAGCAGCCGGCCCAAACUGAGAGGAGUCUACGCUGCCUACACUAAAGAAGACUGCGUGGACGACAUCGAGGAAAUCAUCUCCACGUCGUCUAAGAUCGAAGACGACGAGCCAGAAGAGGAAGACGAGCUGCAGGCCGUGGCCAAACACUUCGGCAAAGAGAUCGGCGAGCUCACGCUGGAGGCGCUCAUCAGACUCGAGCAGAAGAGUCCGGAGGAGGAAGAGGAGAACCAGGAGGACGGCGACGUCCCGAAGAGAAAAGCCCCGUCCUUGGCGUCCAUCUUGGGCACGAUGCCCACUGCAGCCACUCUCGGCCUCAAGGAGUCCAUCAGCGACGUCAUCGGAGAAGGGAAGGAGAACGAUGGUGCUGCUGACAGCGGGGAGCUGGACCUGAGUGGGAUCGAUGACAGCGAGAUAGAGCUGUAUCUUCUAAGCGACAAAGAAAUCAAAGUGAAGACGGCGCUGUGGAUGGCAGAAAACUCCGACUACCUCAAAGAGCAGAAAGAGAAAGAAGCAAAGAUAGCGAAGGAGAAGGCGCUCGGGAUCUACAAAGAGAGAAAGCCCAGAGGACCCGCGAAGAAGCGUCCCCCGAUCCGGGCCAACACCGCAGACGAGGCGAUCGAGAAGAUGCUGGAGCAGAAGAGGAUCUCCACCAAGAUCAACUACGACGUCCUGAAAGACCUCAACAUCAAGCCCGGCUCGAGUCCGGCUCACAAGGUCGAGACCCCGAAGAAGGAACCGAUCGUCAGGAAAGUGACCGGACGCAACCGCACUCCUGCUCGAUCCUCUCUCAGCCUCAGCACGCCGCUCAGCACGCUGGGAAAGAGGUUGCAGCCGUUCAUCACCGGUCAGCCCAGCAAGAAGCUCGCCGUGGAGCAGAGCUCCAGCCCCCUGCCGCUGCCUGUGGGAGCCCCCGCCGCCGCCACCGCCGCCGCCACCGCCGCCGCGGGAGUGGUGGUGGAGAGCGGGCCGGUCGUCUACGAUGACGUGGCUGCUGACGAGGAGGACGAGGACGAGGACGAGCCUUGUGUCAGCGCCAUGGAUCUGUUCGGCAGCAACGAAUACGGCUGUGACGGAGACUACGAUGAAGGAUUCUAGCAGCCGUCCUCUCCGGUGUCAUUACCUUCAACUUGUUGGGACAAUACGAACCGUUCAGCGUAUGAGAUGUUUACUCGCAGGGACUCAGACCGACUGCAGCUACAGGCUGGAGCUGUGAUGCCAGGAGGAACGAGCGAUCCCCAUCAGGAAUACAUGGGGCGAAAAUCACACUCCUGCUUCCAUCUGGUGUCCCAGCUGGACUAAACUGGGAGGACGCAGACAGAGACGAUGGCGUGGAAAUGAAGGAUGAAAGUGUGUUGAUGAGUGCGGUGCAGAUAGGUGGGAAAUGUUCCAGCAGGUGUCGGGUUUGUUGAUUUGCAGGCUAGAAGUCGGUUAAUAAAUCUGUUGUUUCAGCAGCAUUUUAAUGAUGAAUACAGUAUAAAUGUGUCAUAAUGAUCCGCUUCACUGAAAUAUUCUCAGUUAAAUGCUGCUGAAACAACAUCUGUGUCAUGUUUCAGAGGAUACGGAGCAUCCUGUUGAUUUUCAAAAUAAGACGCCCUGUGCAGACGUUCGCUAAUAAAUUAAAUCGUUUCAGUACGCAGCUUCGUUACCGAGUUCCUUUAGAAGCACCUGGAGCCCUUCAGUGAUCUAUAAUAACUGUAGAGACAUCUAUGAUCGUCAUCCUUUGUGUAUAAAGAGCCUAAGUGACGCUUCUUUCCCUCAUAGGACCUCGUUUCUUUAUGGCGGCGAAGGGAGAGAUGCAAACAUAUUUUUGAUGUUUGUAAAUUUAGAAGAUCAUUUUUAAACUCGAGAAAGUCUCCAUUUGUCAGAACACUACUGAAAUACAAGACUGUGAAAAUACAUCAUUAUAAAGACGACACAGUCUCGUUAGUGACGUCGUCUUGUCGAAGACUCACUGAAAGUCAUAACUUCAUAAACUUCAGUUAUCAAUAUGAGCAGAUUUAUUGUGAUUUUAAUACUUUUCCUGCCCAGGUACCAGCCAUGUUGGUGUUUAUGACCUGUAUUGAGCAAGAUGAGCCAUUUAUCACAAAACUGAAUAAUAUUUUACCGUCUUUACGACAAACACUUGCAGGAUUAUCUUUGAAGAUAAAUAUUAAAUAUUGAAACAGUAUCAAAAAUAUAUUUAUCUCUUCCCGUUAACUUUUCCUAAACUAAAGGUCCCAUGAGGUCGAGCAGAAGCUGCAGGACUUCAGCUCUGAUUCUGCUGUGACAGUUUGAAGUAAAAGUAAAAUUUCCACCUCAUUGUUUCACUGAACUCACAGGUCGUCUGAUAACAUUCGUCCACCUCAUUUAACACCAACGUGAGGUGUGAAACAGACGCUGAGUCAACGAAUCGUGCAGAGAAAACGCUCCUUCACUUUCAAACUGGAAGUCUUCUGUCCUGCAAACUAUAAAAACCAGCGACUGUGAAGACGACAGAUGCUGAAAAACACAACACGGCUGCGUCUCCUCUGGACUGGAACAUUUCCACCCCGGCUCGGUUCUGACGGAGCAGAAAGAAAAGCCGAUCAAAAAGCUGAACAUGUUAUUCCUGAACUUGCACUUCUGCAUCUUAACACUCGAGUACUCAACAGUACGACUCUCCAUGAUCACUAAUUCUGUUAGAAACUAUGCUGCGUCUAACCCUUAACAACAAGCGUCAGGUAGCGUGAGAUCAAUCAUCAGUUUCAGUAUUUGCAAACUACAGAACGUAUUCUCCUUCAUUUCUGGUUGAGAGGAGGUUAAUCUGUCAACAGCCUCAGAGCUCUGAUCAAUAUUUCUGAAUGCCUUACGUGAUCAGCGGAGCGACACGUUCUGUCGGCUCUGCUAAAACCAAAACACAACAGAGAGGUUGCCUUCGAACAAAGCGUGCCAAUGUUUGCUGAGAUGUGAUUAAAUCUAAAGAUGUUGAGAUUUUAAUUCCAGAUAUUUUACACGAGGAGAAACGAGAGUUUGAUUGAUGGUUUGAUGAGUUUUAUGUUACAUUUUAAUUGAGUUCGGAGCUUUUUUCUUAAUUGUUUUCAGGCUGAAUCUGUGUGAUUAAUUUAUGAGACGGUAUCUUUUGAUUAAUGUUAAAUAUUCUUCAAAGCCAGGAUGUAAAUACGUUCUCUGCAAUAUUAUAUUUUCCAGACGAGGACGGAGCCGAUCAGAGAAAAGAUCUAUUUUGUAUUUAAGCUUUUAGGAUUUUUUGUGUUGAGGUGAAACAGAUUGUGGCCUUCUGACGGCUCGCUGCUGCUACAGUAAACAUUCACUACACAGGAA